AUGGCGUCAUCUUCUUCAUCAAACUCUGGAGUUCCACCAGGGUUUCGGUUUCACCCGACCGAUGAGGAGCUCCUCCUUUUCUAUCUAAAGAAGAAGAUCUCGUUCGAGAAGUUUGAUAUGGAGGUGAUCAGAGAGAUUGAUUUGAACAAGGUAGAGCCAUGGGACUUGCAAGAGAGAUGCAGAAUAGGAUCCACACCUCAAAACGAAUGGUACUUCUUCAGCCACAAGGACCGCAAGUACCCCACCGGGUCGAGGACCAACCGCGCCACCAACGCCGGCUUCUGGAAGGCGACCGGCCGGGACAAGUGCAUCAGGACCACCUACAAGAAGAUCGGCAUGCGGAAGACCCUCGUCUUCUACCGCGGCCGCGCCCCCCACGGCCAGAAGACCGACUGGAUCAUGCACGAGUACCGCCUCGAAGACUCCGACGACGCCAACGGCAGCGGCGCUGAGGAUGGAUGGGUGGUGUGCCGGGUGUUCAAGAAGAAGUGCUUCUUAAUCGGGACCGGCGGCGGCACGAGCCAAGCCUCGGAGAACCACAUGGGUGGCCCGGCGAGCCAUGACCACCAGCCCAGGCCACUGAGCUCUCAAUACAUCCAUCCACACCAUGGCUUCCACCACCACCACCACCACCACCACCAUCCAGUCUCUAACUUAUACUACUCUCAAUUGCCUCCACAGUCCUACUCUCCUGUCCAGGUGCAGGAUCUGCUAACCAACCAUCGGCCGGCGGGCUACGACUUCUCGGUGCUCCCGACCGAGUCGUCGGCGAUGGUCAAGCCAUAUGAAGGAGGGCUCGAGGUCGGCGCCUGCGAGGGGAUGCAGCAGGUGGGUGAGGGAAGGGAUCAGAGCUCGAAUGAUUGGGCGGUGCUCGACGGAAUUGAUGGGAGGUUCGGAGGCGCCGGAGGUGCGGCGGUGCAGCAGAUGAAUCAGAUUUCCGGCCAACCUGGUGGUGAGAUGGAGUUGUGGGGAUAUGGGAAGUAG